AAGUAAAUGUGCAGCAGAGGAGGCAGCCCAUACAUCCCGAGAGCAGAGACAGAAGAAACUUUGUGUUAACUUCAUAACAUCAGCACAGGAAUGCAAAGACGGAAACAAAGGUGUCUGCGGCGCCAAUACUGGAUUACACAGACGGCACUUUAACGCAGCUUUCCCAGGAGUGGACGGUUUUGUGAGCAGCAGAUUUAAAGGAAAACCAGUUCAGCAGAGUCUUCGAGACGCACCGAUCUGUCUGCUGGAAGUUCAGGAAGAUCUGGAGGACUGGAGACAUGAGCCUGUGGAUCAUCUGCGCGCUUCUGCUGUUACAAGUUUCUUCUGGUGAUGCCUGUGCCAGUGGCCAGUUUACUGAAUCAGGGCAGUGUUGCAGUUUGUGUCCUGCUGGUUUUGGAGUGGCAGUAGAGUGUGGGAAAGAGGACACCAAGUGCAAACCAUGCCCACAGGGAACAUUCUCCCCUUCUGAAAGUCUGGAGCCCUGUCUUCAGUGCACCACAUGCCCACGUGGGGUCCCCAUGGUGGCCUCCUGCUCUGCCGCUGAAGACACACAAUGUGAAUGCGAUAAUGGCUUCUUCCUGUUGCGUAGCCAUGGCCUUUGCACACCAUGCUCCAAAUGUUCUCGUGGUGAGGGUCUUGUCCGGAAGUGUGGCCCCAAGGGAGAUGUAAAGUGCCAGAUCUGUGGUCCUGGAACCUUCUCAGAGGAGCACGGCGUCACCAAACCCUGCCAAAUCUGUACAAAGUGCUCUGACAGUGAGGUGGAGAUCCGACACUGCCUGCCUAAUUCUGACACACUCUGCAUGGAUAAAAAGCUGCACAUCUUAUCUCGUCCUGAUGGAUCCCGUGACCCUCCUCGCCGGCCAACUGGAGAAGAGGUUAUUGAAGAGGAUUUCAGUCCUGCUACCGGAACCCCAAAGUUUUCCCCCCAGGAAGAAGGCGACAGCAAUAACAUUCUGGUCUAUGUGUCUGUUCUGGCUGCAGUGGUGUUGGGUUUGCUGAUCUAUGUUGCUUAUAAAUGCUGGAGAACAUGUAAACAGAAAAAGGCUCUCUCCAAAGCCCGAGCGGCCGAGUUGGGAACAGCUCCAGAGGGAGAAAAGCUUCAAAGUGACAGUGGUGUUUUUCUGGACUCUCACAGCCUGCAGGACAAUCAGCCCAGCAAAGGUACUAAGAGGGACAGCAAGCAGGACAAUCGUCUCUACAUCAAUCUGGCCCCCCACCGACAGGAAGAGGUUCAGCGCCUCCUGCAGGAGGGAGGGGGUCGGGGGUGGAGGCAGCUGGGUGCCGCGCUUGGUUACGAGCCUGAACAGCUGGACCUGUUUGGGCGUGGAGAGGCCCCUGCUCAUACACUUCUUUCUAACUGGGCCCAGAAAGAAGGCUCCACUCUGGGACUGCUGUGCUCUGCGUUGGCCCACAUCGAGAGGCCCGACGUGGUAACUGCUCUAACCUGUCCCACGCAGGGUGUUUCUGUGGUCUGACAGAUACACUAGGAGACUAACAUACUGGAGUGAAGCCGGGGGAAACUCACAGAAAUGACAAGGGAGGCACUCUGAGACCGACACCCCUGUCACUAAUGGACACUGCCACUGAUGGUUGUGCUUUGUUGGAUAAUUCAGUUUUACUAUGAUAUCAAGAAAAACAGGAAAUUUUAUGUUACACUUUCCGGUUUAUUAUAUGGUUUAUUUGAUUUCACAUGACGUCAUCUGAGUUAAAGCAUGUGCCACAAAUUUUCCUUAUUGCUAAAGAGCAAAUCACCCGUCACCAGUGGAAAUGAUCCACUCAGCCUGUCUGUGCCACCACUGAGUGGCAGAGGCAGCAACAUUCUUCACUUGUGGUUCAGUGUCUUGAUGCAGAAACCUGGCCUGAGCUCCAUCUUCCUCUGGCUGCUUUUACCAACAAUUUGUCAACAAGUACAAUUGCCAAUUGUGUUUAUAUGCAGACAAAUCUGGGGUGAGUAUUUAGAUAGGAACAGGACACACAAUCAUGUGUUUACACGUGUUGCAAUUAUUCAGUUUAUUUGUGAUCUGGACUGUAAUCAGAUUUUUCCGCGGCUUGCUUCAGAAAAUUCAACGUUCCACGUGCUAUUGUAAACAAAUAGAUUAUCAAGUUUCUAGACUGGCUAGCCCUGUUUUAUGAAUCACAACUUCUCAACCACAUUGGUAUUGGAGUUGAUUUUUGCCAAAAUGCUUUUUUUUCCCAUUUCAAACACUGCUUUCCAACAUGAUGUGAGUCAUUUCAGUGCACAUGUGCAUGCUGCAAAAAAUAUCUCUAGGAAACUCAAUGAAGUGUUUACAUGACCAAGUCCUCACAGGCAGAAAUCAGAGGUUAAAUCCAUGUAAUUAUCCAGUUGAUGCUUUCAUUUGCUACUUUUUUGUAAUAAUCCUUCAUCUAAUUUGUAGAUAGGAACUAUUCACUCAACAGUUUUCCUUUUCUUUUGCCUUGUUUUUAGUUUUUUUUUUUUUGCAGCCACUAAAUAGCUUUGGUAUUUAUUUACACUGUGGACAUAUCAUGCACCAAGUGAUGUUACAUUAAAAAACACAGAAUUUAUGCAUUUCAUUGAAUAUAAAACUCCUUUAAUAGCUCUUCUUAGAAAUCAGUAUGACUGUAAAUAUCUUACAUAUUGAUUCGUUUUGAUCAUCGUGGCUUAAAGUGGAAAAAUCCAAAAUCCUUUUGUGAUCACUACCAACUGUGAAGACUGAAGAAAAUGAAUAUCCUUAUCUAUUCUCCUCACAUUUAUAACACACAGUUCCACUGUUCACACCUAUUUUUGUAUCUAUUACACACAGCAAAAAUCCAAAGACAUAAUUACCAUGAGUGCUUUUGUCUGUCUUUGUUUUGUAUUUAUUUCAUCUCCACUUCCAUCCAAACAUCCAAAACUAAAUAAAAUCUAUGAGAACCAUGGACAUCUUUGUUGUGCUAGAUACACUAUAAUAGCCUCAGAUGGUUUGAUAUUUUUUUAACAGUAGCCAUAUAUGGUUUUGUGUACAUAUUUUAUAAUGUGUCUCAGUGUUUGUAUUAUUCAUUUAUUAAAUAAUAUUCAUGA